AUUGGCAAAGUCUCUCAUAAACCCAUUUGUUCCAUGACUGCUUGGAUGGAAAUUCAGACACGUCCACCCUUCCAUCUUCCACCUUCUUCUUCUUCUUCUUCUUCUUUUUUCUUCCGUCAAUUCUCAUUCUCUCUCUAUAACCCAUUUCUCCCUUUUCAAAUUCAUCAACAAUGCCGGCUCUACUGCCAUCUCCCACCUCCAAGUUCCGACUUCGAUCCCCUUUUCUAAUUUCUGGGUUUAGAACUCUCGUCACCACUUGCAGAGCCGUCCUUUUGCCUCACUUUGGUGGUCCGGAGGUUCUCCAACUCCGCUCCGACGUUCCCGUCCCUAUUCUCAAGCCUCAUGAAGUUCUUGUCCGUUCCUGCGCUGUUUCCAUCAACCCACUUGAUACCCGAAUGCGAUCGGGUUAUGGUCGUUCAAUCUUUGAACCACUUUUACCGGUCAUUUUGGGCCGUGAUAUCAGUGGUGAAGUUGCGGCUGUUGGUUCUUCGGUUCGUUCAGUAAGUGUUGGAGAUGAAGUUUUUGGUGCUUUGCAUCCAACUGCUGUGAGGGGUACUUAUGCUGAUUAUGCAAUUCUUUCAGAAGAGGAAUUAAGUGCUAAACCGGUGUCAUUUUCACAUGUGGAAGCAAGUGCCAUUCCUUUUGCUGCACUGACUGCAUGGCGGGCUCUAAAAAGUACUGCUAGAAUCACAGAGGGGCAACGGGUUUUAGUAAUUGGCGGUGGAGGAGCUGUAGGUUAUGCCGCGGUUCAGCUUUCAGUUGCUUCAGGCUGCCAUGUUGCAACUACUUGUGGAAGUCAAAGUAUAGAAAAAUUACUAGCAGCAGGUGCUGAGCAAGCAGUUGACUAUACGACUGAGGGCAUUGAAUUCAAAAUAAAGGGGAAAUUUGACGCCGUAUUGGAUACAAUUGGCGUGCCAGAUACAGAAAGGAUUGGUAUUCAUCUUCUGAAUAGAGGUGGACACUAUAUGACACUUCAGGGCGAGGCUGCAUCAUUGACUGAUAGAUAUGGGGUAGUUCUCGGGCUUCCUUUUUCUACGGGUGUCUUGUUGCAGAAACAGCUCAAGUAUAGGUUCUCUCAUGGAAUUGAAUAUUGGUGGACAUACAUGAGGGCGGAUUCCGAAGGUUUAGAAGAGAUCAGGAGGCUGUGUGAAGCUGAAAAGCUGAAGAUACCGGUCGAGAAAACGUUUCCUAUCACCCAAGUAAGGGAGGCUCAUGAUGCAAAGGACAAAAACCUCAUUCCUGGUAAAGUUGUGCUAGAGUUUGAUUGAUAAAAAAUCCUUUCAUAUACUUGAUAUAUAUUUGAUUUGUUGCCUCACGUGCAUUGGAUCCUGUAAACAAUUUCCUCGGCUUUUAGCAUCAAAAUUGCUUUGGAACUUUACAGGAUGUGAAAGUUCUAUACAUUGUAGAUUAAAUGCAAAGUGAUAUACCUUUUCUAGAUUUUGCCAGAUUAGAGAAGUGGAAAAGAGUAGGAAGAGAUAGAGAUUCUAUUUGGCCUGACGUUAGACGAUACAGUGUUUCUUAAUCUUUGAAUAAGAAAUUUAAUUUUUACUUCUCCUA